AGCCAGUGCUUCUCUCUCACUCUCACACUCAGAACGUCCCACGAAAAUCUCGAUACCACUGCGAAUAUUCCCCCUCCUUCGGUUUCGCUCUCCUCUUCCGACUUGUUAACCAGCUCCUGGAUGGCCAUGCAUUCCGUCGCUGUUCUUCCCCAAUCUCCUAUCUCCAUUUCUCACCGCUUAACAUCCUCCUCCUCCUCCUCUUCCCCUGUCAGGAAUUUAAUUCCCUGCAAUGCAAAGGGCAUUCUCCAAUCGUCUCUGUGGCAACAUUCCCAGAGCCGCCGCAAGCGAAGCCUUGUUCUGAAUUCGGCUGCGGACCAAGUCUCUGUCGCUGACACUCCUUCGCCUCCUUCACGGUCUCCGGGAAACGGAGGCCCGCCGGCAGAUCUUAUCGCUUCUCUGAAGCUCAAUUUACUGAGUGCUAUUUCUGGGCUAAAUAGAGGUCUUGCUGCUAAUGAAGAUGAUCUACGAAAGGCAGAUGCUGCAGCUAAGGAUCUUGAAAGUGUUGGAGGACUGGUAGAUCUGACAGUUGACCUGGAUAAAUUGCAAGGGAGGUGGAAACUGAUUUAUAGCAGUGCCUUCUCAUCUCGUACACUAGGUGGGAGCCGUCCUGGCCCUCCAACUGGAAGGCUUCUUCCUAUAACUCUUGGUCAGGUUUUUCAACGAAUUGAUAUCCUGAGCAAGGAUUUUGAUAAUAUAGUGGAGCUUCAACUGGGUGCUCCAUGGCCCCUUCCACCUGUCGAAGUAACAGCCACAUUAGCUCAUAAAUUUGAACUCAUAGGAUCUUCAAAGAUAAAAAUAAAUUUUGAAAAAACUACUGUGAAGGCAACUGGGAACCUGUCGCAAUUGCCACCAUUUGAGAUACCUCGAAUUCCAGAUCAAUUUAGGCCUCCAUCUAACACUGGAAGUGGUGAAUUUGAAGUGACGUAUCUUGAUUCAGAUACCCGCGUUACUAGAGGAGAUGGAGGUGAGCUAAGGGUCUUUGUGAUCUCAUGAUUUCCUGGAAUGUACACCGGGCCUGCUAAACUUGGGGAACCUUUUACUCUUUAAUAUUGACGAUGUUAAUCAUUUGAUCGAUUUUUCGUAUUCUUGCUUUCGAUUCUUACAUUUUGUAAAAUAGACAUACUUGUAUACUAAAUCCGAGUAAAAUGUAUCUUCAAGGAUGUUAUGUUCUGUUUAAAUGUAAGAUUAUCAGCUUCAAGGGAACGCCA